GGAGGAGAGGAGGAAGGUGGCGAAGCUCCAGAACUUUGGAAGUUUGUCUCAUCCUCUGCUGGAGCUCAGCACCACAGCUCCUCAGGUUCGAGACCAGCAGGGUGCUGGAGUCCUUCAGGUCCAGACCCACCCCCCUCCUCGCUCCGGACCCUUCACACCAUCAGCACCUCCUUCAGAGGUGAAGACAGGAUUUAACCAGGAGGAUCAUGAGCAGGAGUCCAGCUUGAACUCACUUUUUCAUCAAUUUUUCUUCCUAUAAAACACAUCUGGUGGAGUUCAGCUUCUUCGGCUACUUCGGCUACUUCGGCUCGGGGUCAUCCUCUGAGCUCUGCCUGAGGAUGAGGAUGAGGAAGCAUCGGUUCUUGCCGCUCUGCGUCCUCCUGGGGGUCCUGUUGGCAGGACUCGUCCCCACACUGGACGCUCAGGAAAACUGUGCCCAUGGUUUGGGAGCUGAUUUAUACUUUCUAGUGGAUUCGUCCUGGAGUAUGGGACAGGAGAACUUUGAGCAUGUCAGAGAGUUUCUCUACACCCUGAUCCAGUCCCUGCACCACGUCGGAGGAGGAAAGUUUAAAUUUGCUCUGGUGCAGUACAAUAACAGGCCCAGAACUGAGUUCCUCCUCAACAGCUACCUGACAACACGCGACAUCUUGGGACACGUCAAGGCCAUGUCUUACCGUGGCGGGGGCACCCGGACUGGCCUGGGCCUGGACUUCCUGAUUCGUUCCCACCUGACGGCCUCUUCGGGCAGCCGUGCAACUGACGGGGUGGCCCAGGUGGUGGUGGUGCUGACAGAUGGGCGCUCACAGGACGACGUGUCCGAGCCYGCUCAGGUGCUGCAGACGGCAGGCGUGGAGAUGUUUGCAGUGGGAGUCCAGGACGCCGUGGACUCAGAGCUCAGAGAGAUGGCCAGCCGGCCUCACGAGGCUCACGUGUUCAAUGUAGACUCUUUCCUGAAAUUGCGGGACAUAAUCCAAGACUUAGUUGUGAACAUUUGUGGCGCGGCGAUCUGGUCAGGGGGUGACUCUGUGGCCAAUGAGGCCCCGGUGGCAGGAGGAGGGACAGCACAAGAUUCAGCUGACCUAAUAUUCUUAAUUGAUGGAUCAGAGAACGUUGGAGCAGCCAACUUCCCCUAUGUGCGUGAUUUGGUUUUGAGAAUCAUUGAGUCCCUUUCAGUGGGCAGGGAUGAAAUUAGAGUGGCCCUAGUCCAGUACAACAGCUACCCAGACAUAAAAUUCAAUCUAAAUAGAUUUUACGACAAAUCACAAGUCCUGGGAGCGGUGAAAAGCCUGACCUACUCAGGGGGUGAUGAGUCGAACCUGGGGGCUGCCAUGGAAGAAGUGGCCGAGAGCCUUUUGAGCGAAGCGGCUGGGAGCAGGGAAAAGGAGGGCYCACCUCAGGUUUUGGUGAUUAUCAGUGCUGGACCCUCCAGUGACGAUACUGGUGUUGGUGACCGGGCCCUGAAGAGGGCUGGUGUUACCACAUUGGGAGUGUCAAUUGGUGAUGACGCCACUGCAGACCUGGAAGAGGUUGCCGUAAAUAAAGAUUUUGUCCAGAAAGCCUCUGGUUUCAGCACACUUUCAUCCACUGCUGGUGCUCUUGUUGGCUACAUUAACGGCUUGGCCCAGGGAACCAUUAUAAUUCAGAAUGAGUACCCUGAAGUGGUGGCAGUAGCACCACGAGACAUCAUUUUCCUGAUCGACAGUACCAUGGGCCCGGCAAUUCUUGGCCAGUUGCGUGACUACAUCAAACAGUUUGUCAACUCCAGGCCAGUUGGUCCAAAUGCCAUCCAAGUGGGUGUUGCUCAGUUUAGCACCGCCCAGAGAGUGGUGAUGGACCUCAACAGCUAUGAUACCAGGGAGGCCAUAGUCAGCGCACUGGACAGUAUCAGACCAAGACCAGGACAGACCGUCAACAUUGGAGCAGCCUUGAACUUUGUGCGUGAAAACAUGUUAAAGCCUGAGAGUGGCAGCCGCAUCAGGUCAGGCAUACCGCAGAUCGUGAUGCUGUGGACAAGUAAAAAGUCCAGUGACAGUGUGGACGUACCUGCUCAGGCCCUGKUGCGAACAGGUGUGCUGACUCUGGCGGCAGGCUUUAAAACUGCUAACUUCGAAGAGCUGAACAAAAUUGCCAUUUCUGAUCAAGCUGUGUUCCAUGCAAAGGAGUUCCGACAAGUGAUGCGAAAAUCGAGGGAAAUCACAGAUGCACUCUCGACUCUAGCUGGGACGUUUAUUGUCGAGGAGCCGACUGAGCCAGUGGUGGAGAUAACCACGGUGCAGACCCAAAGAGUGGUCAGAGACAUUGUGUUUCUUGUGGAUGGRUCAAACUACAUCGGAAGCACUAACCUUCCCUUCGUGAGAGACUUCAUGAUCAACGUUGUCAACCGUUUGGAAGUGAGACCUGACCGGGUCCAAAUUGGUCUGAUUCAGUUCGCAGAACGACCCAAAGUGGAGUUUUACCUGAACAGCCACAGAAACAGGGAAGAUGUCGUUAACAAAAUCUCUCAGCUCAGGCUGAUCGGAGGCUCGGUGGUAAAUAUAGGAGCCGCCAUGACUUACGCUCUGGAAAACAUGUUCCAGUCAGCAGCUGGGUCGCGUGGUCGGACCGUCGCCCAGCAAGUGUUGGUCUUGAUCACAGGAGGCCCAUCCCAAGAUGAUGCCAAAACUGUYGCAGAUAGAUUGGCGCUGAAAGACAUUUUGACAUUCACUGUUAGUUCAGGACAAGCAGACMCCGAAGAACUGCGCACAAUUGCCUUCGUUCCAGAAAUGGCUUAUCAUCGAUCGAGAUUCUCAGAAUUACGGACUCUGGAUGAAGAAAUUCUGCCAAGUCUGAUAACCGUGGUUGGUGACACAGAUGUGACAACAGCUGAGGAAACAGUCGGUACCGGAGCUGAAAGAGACGUUGCGUUCCUGAUUGACGGCACCGACAGCGUCCGAGACGACUUCCCCUACAUACGGGAUUUCAUCAUCAAAAUAAUCCAACCCCUCGACAUCGGGUCAGACAGGGUGCGCAUCUCAGUGGUCCAGCACAGCGAGAGGCCAUUCCCGAUUUUCAACCUUAAUGCAUACUCAACCAAAGACGAGGUGAUCAGAGCUGUGCAAGGCAUGCCACUGGCCGGGGGACGCAGUUUGAACACAGGAGUCGCUCUGAGAUACAUGAAGGACGUGGCCAUGUCUGAAGCCUCCGGAGGCAGAUCUGCUCUAAACAUCCCCCAGUAUCUGAUUGUUUUGGCCGCAGACAGAUCUGCAGAUAAUGUCAAAGAACCAGCCGGUGAGCUGAAGACAGAAGGAGUUGUACCGUUUGGUGUUGGAGUCAUGAACGCAGAUCGGAGGCAGAUGGAAGAAAUUGCACACAACCCCUCUUUUGCAUUCAAAGUGAAUGAAUUCAGUGAACUCGAAACCAUACCACAAAAGAUCAAUAACUAUGUGAGCCUACCAAAGGAAGAGCUCACUGUCCUUCUACACGAAGCUGAGUCGCAAGGUCCUAAAAAAGAUAUCGUCUUCCUUGUGGAUGGAUCUGACGAUGUUGGACGGGAAUUCGCUAUCAUCCAGGAGUUCAUCCGCAGGGUGGUGGAUAGCCUCAAUGUCGGCGAAAACAAGAUACGAAUUGGUGUGGUCCAGUACGGCGACUAUGCUCAGGCUGACAUGUUUCUGAACAGCCACACAACAAAAGAAGGUGUUCUGAAUGGCAUCAGGGAAAUGAGGCAUCGAGGAGGAAGUCAGCGUAACCUAGGCCAGGCACUGCAGUUUUUAAGACAGGAUUUCAUGGUACCUGGACGAGGCAGCAGGAAGCAAGAGGGCGUGCCACAGUUUGCAAUCAUUGUGUCUAGUGGGAUGUCUACAGACGACAUACGUCGUGAGGCCUCUUCCCUCAAACAAUCCAGAAUUAUUCCCUUCAGCAUCGGCACCAGAGAUGUCAAUCCAACAGAGCUGCGAGUGGUGUCAUAUGUGUCAGAUUUUGCCUAUACUGUAGACGACCUUCCUGGCUUGUACAUAGUCCAAGACACUCUAAUCAACAAGAUAACGGAAAUGUCAGAUGACGACAUUGCACGUCUGAGGCCAGAGUUCCCAACUUUUCAGAUAAUCACACCACCACCUACCACAGGCGAUAAGAAGGAUGUCGUAUUUCUCAUCGAUGGCUCCUUAGCAACACGCAGCGAGUUUCCAUCUAUCCGUGACAUGAUAACAAGAGUUGUGGACAAGCUGGAUGUCGGACUAGACAGAGUCCGAGUUUCAGUGGUGCAGUACAGCGAUGAUGCAAAUGUAGAAUUCCUUCUUAAUGAGCACUCCACCAAAAGUGAGGUAAGGCAGGCCGUGGGAAGACUUCGAAGCAGAGGUGGAAAUCGUCUCAACACAGGUCGUGCUAUGGAGUGGGUCUCCAGGAACAUCUUCCAGAGGUCUGCAGGAAGCCGUGUUGAGGAAGGCGUGCCUCAAUUUCUUAUCCUAGUUACAGGAGGAAAAUCUACAGAUGAUGUUUCCCAACAAGCUGACCAGCUCAAAAGAAAUCAGGUUGCACCUCUCGCCAUUGGUUCGAGGAAUGCAGACAUGGAGGAACUGAGACUGAUUUCCCUGAAGCCGGAGCUCGUUUAUUCUGUUGAUAAUUUCCGACAGCUUUCCAGAGUAGAGCCACAGCUACUAAGAUCAGUCGAAACAAUAUCCAGCACUGACAUCAGGGGUUAUGUUCCAACUGUGGACAUAGUCCCUGUUGACCUAGGUAAAAAGGACAUCAUCUUCCUCAUCGAUGGUUCAGACAGCACUGGUCCUGAUGGGAUUGUGUACAUUCGGGACUUCAUCCGCGACAUUGUCCGGCAGCUCGACGUGCAGCCUAAUAAAGUGCGUGUGGCUCUUGUUCAGUAUGCAGACAGAGCUAAAACAGAGUUCUCACUCAACUCACACAACAACAAGCAAGCUGUUCUCGCUGCCAUACAAAGACUUCGUCAGAUGGGCGGGCGCUCCUCGCAACUGGCUAACGCCAUUGACUACGUGUUAGAGAACGAGUUCAAACCAACAACUGGCGUUCGUCUGUCUGAGGCGUCCCAGCAUCUUGUGGUUCUUACAGGUGGACCCUCUGCCCAGCCAGUCUCUCUCUCUGGACCUCUGCUCAAGAACAAAAGGGUGAGCUGCAUCGCUCUCGGAACCCGCAAUGCCGACAUAAAUCAGCUGAGAGAAAUUGCCACAACUUCGGAAGAUGUUGUUAAUAUUCCUGCAUUCCUCAACCUGCCAACAGUCGAAGGAAGGGUUAUCGCCAGACUUAGUGGAGACCCAUUAGCUGGUCUACCAGACAUUGAAAUUCCCACUGAAGGAGAAAUUCCACCUAAAAGGGCUGACAUUGUUUUCCUAAUGGAUGGAUCCAACAACUUGGGCAGGUCGAACUUCAAUGAAGUCCGAGACUUUAUAAUCAACCUAAUUGAUCUGUUCUAUACCGACCGAGAUGACCUGCGAAUUGGCAUCGUUCAGUACGCCACAGAUCCAAUUGAUGGCUUUUUCCUGAACUCUUACAAGAACAGGGACGAUAUUAUAAACGCCAUUGGUGAAAUCAAUUAUAAAGGCGGAGUCAGAAUCAACACUGGCGCAGCCAUUCGCCACGUUGAAAAUGUUCACUUUACUAAGGAGAAAGGCAGCAGGAUCGAUGAAGGCGUUCCUCAGGUCCUCAUGGUCGUGACUGGAGGUCGCUCGUCAGAUGACAGCAAAUCAGCCGUCCUGGGUCUGAAGAACAAACGCGUAAAGGUCUUUGCUGUGGGAGUGGGCGACAUUGCGAAAGAGCUGGAAAAUCUGGCAAGCUCAUCUUCCACUGUCGCCCGAGCGGAGACCUUUCAGGAGCUUUCAGAGCUAAAUGAGCAAAUCCUGGAGGCUUUGGAGGAUGAAGUGAAGGGGACGAGCUGCAUUGAUACCCAAAAGAUGGACGUGAAACCCUGCAACAUUGAGGUGUUGGUUGGCUUUGAUGUGUCUGGUCAGAACAUCUUCAGCACUCAGACUAACCUCCAGAGCAAGAUGAGCGCCAUUCUGCAGAGGAUUUCCAAAAUGCCCCCUAUCAGCUGCUCGGGUGACCUUAGUCCCGCCAUCCAAGUCGGUAUUCUAGCCUUGGAUUCUGCAUCCCAACCCGUGCAGCUGGACUUCACGGAGAAUCCUGAUGUUCUGUUCGAGUCCUUCAAAGGCCUGCGGAGUCGCGGUCCUUUUGUCCUCAAUGGUCGGACGAUCUCAGCCUACAAUGAUAGAUUUAAAGUCAGGCAGGACGAGACCAUCAAGGUUAUUAUUCAUCUGACUGAUGGUCUUGAUGCACCAUACGCUGAAAUGAAAAGACGAGUUGAGCAGCUUCGUCAGUCAGGAGUUGAUGGCUUCAUUCUGGUCGGACUGGAAAAGACGCAGAAGUUUGAGGAGGCUUUGCUGUUAGAAUUUGGUCGUGGCUUCAGGUACACCAGACCUUUAAGACUCAACGUCAUGGACCUGGACUAUGAACUUGUUGAGGAACUGGGCAAUAUUGCAGAGAGGGAGUGCUGCGGAGUGCCGUGCAAAUGUACCGGACCAAGAGGAGACAGAGGAGCAGUUGGACUGCCAGGAUUUAAGGGUAGUCCGGGAUUAUCAGGAAGUCCUGGACAUCCUGGUGACGAGGGUGGACCUGGAGAAAGAGGACAUCCUGGUGUGAAUGGAACCCAGGGUUUCCAGGGAUGUCCUGGACCGAGAGGCCUGAAGGGUUCCCGUGGGUUCUCAGGAGAAAAGGGUGAAUUAGGGGAACUCGGACUUGACGGCAUCAACGGACAAGAGGGUCAGAGUGGAGUUGCUGGACCUCCAGGAGACAGAGGAAGUCCCGGCAGACGAGGUCCUAAAGGCAUCAAAGGACAAGCAGGAGACAUUGGACAAAGAGGACUCAGAGGAGACCCUGGAACGAGUGGACGAGAUAACAACCGAGGAGGACCUAAAGGAGAUCCUGGAGAUGCUGGACCCGUGGGUGUUCCCGGAGAGGACGGAUUGAAAGGAAGUCCUGGUCAACUUGGACGAACCGGAAUGGAUGGCAGAAGAGGCCCACCUGGACCUCCUGGACAACCUGGAGCUCCAGGAGAUGCAGGUCAGAAGGGGCAGCCAGGUGUGGCAGGAUCCAGAGGUUCAAGUGGACCAAUUGGCAUCAAGGGACAAAAAGGAGAAGAUGGGAACCCUGGACCGAGGGGUCGUGGAGGAGAACCGGGUCCAAUAGGAGAAAAAGGUCGAAGAGGACCUCUUGGACGUAAGGGAGAACCAGGAGAUCCAGGAAUCAAGGGUGAAGUUGGACCUCCAGGCCCCCGGGGAGAGCCCGGUCAAGAUGGUAGAGAUGGGCCUGGUUCUCCAGGUCCAAGUGGAAAAAAGGGGGACAUCGGUUUCCCAGGAUACCCUGGACCUAAGGGACAAGCUGGAGAUCCUGGCCCUCGAGGCGGACCUGGACCCAGAGGAAACCAGGGACAAAGAGGUGUUUCUGGAGAUAUUGGUCCACCAGGACAGAAGGGUGAAGUUGGAUAUCCUGGACCUUAUGGUGCCAAAGGACCAAGAGGACCAGGCGUUGUGCAAUGCGACUUGGUGAAAAAGAUCAGAGACAAUUGUCCAUGCUGUUAUGGGAAGCUGGAGUGUCCUCUCUACCCCACGGAGCUGGCCUUUGCCCUGGACGUCUCUCAGGGCGUCGACCGCUCGUUCUUCAACAACAUGCGGGACACGACCGCCCGCCUGGUCAAAGACAUCACCAUCGCUGAGAGCAACUGUCCCAGAGGAGCUCGCGUGGCCCUGACCCUCUACAACAACGAAGUGAUCACUGAGGUCCGCUUCGCCGACUCUCUGAAGAAACGCACCCUGGUGGAGCGCAUCGAGGGCCUGCAGAUUCCCAGAUCCACAAAGGCCCCCAGCCUGGAAUCGGCCAUGAGCUUUGUGGCUCAGAACACGUUCAAGAGGGUGCGCAGUGGUUUCCUUAUGAGGAAGGUGGCCGUUUUCUUUGUGGGCCAUCGGGCUGGUCAACCCCGACAGAUUUCUAACGCUGCUCUUCGCCUCCAUGACGCUGGAAUCGCCACUUUGUUGUUGGUGAACCGUGAGGACAGGGCCCUCACCAGAGCCGUACAGGUCAACAACACGGAGCUUGCUCAGGUUCUGGUUCUUCCCAGUCCUGGGAGCGCCCAGUAUGACGCGGUCUUCCAGAAGAUCAUGAACUGCCACGUUUGUCUGGAUUCAUGCUCUCCGGAUCAGACGUGUGAUUAUAUUCCUCCAUCGAUCAGCCGAGAUCGGAGGUCGUUGACGUUUGAUGUGGACAUCGACAUGGCUUUCCUUGUCGACAGCUCUGAGUCGACUUACCCUUCUUUCUUCCUAGAGAUUAAGAGAUACAUAGCUCACAUGAUAGAAGCCCUUCACGUGUCUUCAAAUCCCACAUCGUCCUUGCAUCACGCCAGAGUGUCCUUCAUCCAGCAGGCACCUUACGAAUUCGUCCAGAACAAAUCCGGCUCUCCACUUCACGUGGACAUCGGCUUGACUGAUCAUCACUCCUCUCAGGACAUCGUCAAGUUCCUGCUGGAGAAGACCGAGCAGCUGGAGGGAGGCCGGGCACUGUCGGCGGCCAUCGAAUCCACGGUGGAGGAAGUGUUUGAGAAGGCGCCGCUGCAACGCGACAGGAAGGUACUGAUGCUCUUCGUGACGGGAAGCGUUAAAGAUGAAGAGGAGCAGCUAAUUCGCGUCGCCACUGAGGUCAAGUGUCGCGGAUACUUCCUGGUCAUCUUCAGCGUGGGAGAGGCGCUGAGUCCUAAGGACACUCAUGUCCUGUCACGCAUGGCGAGCGAGCCGUCGGACGUCUUCUUCAAGAGGAUCGAAAGCAUUUCUCACUUUUAUAACAAACACAUCCAGAACUUUGGCCAGCUGUUACCAAAGUAUAUCAGCUUUGAAAGCACUGCUGAACAGCCCAGCCACUGUAAGUCACUGCAGAGUGACCAGCCACUAAAAAACCCUCUGCCACCACCACAGCGACAGGAGAAACAUCAUAAACAUCAGGAAAGUCAGCAAGCUGUGAAUGAAAGAAAGCACAAUGACCCAGACGAGCUCCAUGUCUCCAACGUCACCUCCAGCAGCUUGAAGCUGCGAUGGGGCAACUCCGACCACAAGCUCUUCGUUUACUUCGAGGUGGUGGUGUCCCGCCUGCAGGACCACGCCCUGGUUCUGAGGACCAACGUGUCGGGGACAGAGAUCUCCGUGGACAACCUGGAGAGUUCUCAGACGUAUCACGCUGUGGUGUCGGCGUACAACGCCGAGGGUCAGCUGGUCUCCAGGCGCAAAGGAAUCAUCAAAACCAAAGCAGCCGAUCUGAUCAACAGUACCGUGAAAACCCCGACGCUGGACAGAGCAGAACCUGCUAACGAACUCGCAGACCCGUGCUCUCUUGACRAUGACGCUGGACUGCCGUGCAAAGACUAUCAGGCUAAGUGGUUCUUUGACAGAAAGAAUGGGUUCUGUGCAGAGUUCUGGUAUGGAGGUUGUGGAGGAAAUGAGAAUAGGUUCGACACUGAGGCCCUGUGCUUGAAAAACUGCACCAAGUCAGCACCAGAGCCUCGGGAGCCUGAACCACAGGAGCAGCAGGUUCCACAGGUGGAGAUCCUCGAGGCUCCAGCUUCUCUGACUGCCGUGAACGUCUGUCAGCUUCCUAAAGAAGAAGGGGCUUGUGGGAAAUUUGUCCUGAAGUGGCACUACGACACCACCAGCAAGAACUGCGUUCGCUUCUGGUACGGAGGCUGCGGCGGGAACCAGAACCGCUUCGACACGCAUGAGCAGUGUGUGAAGGCUUGUGGAGAACCAGCACCAGUCAACCAAGGGAUCAUGGCCAGGAUGAAAACAUAAAACCAGGUGAAACUCAACCUGUUUUCAGGGGAUUUUAGGAAAAACAAAACAACCAAAAUGGCCAAACUGWAAAGAAACAUUGCAGAAGCAAUGGUGGCUGCACUGGACUCAACAAACAUGAACUUUAUUCCCCGACGUCUUGAAAUAGUUUUAUUUUAUAUUUUUGGUUUGUUUGUUUUUCACAACAAAGAUGUUUUGCUGCAUGAAUUGUUUAAACCCACUGGUGCUAAAUGUUUGUUUUACAGAUUGACUUAAAUAAAUGCAGCAUUUUGAGUCAAAGUUUCUUGAUGUAAUACAAGUAGUUUUAUUUUCAGAAUGGGCAGUUUACGACUAAAUAUAUAUGAAUAUAUCGGACAGAAAUGAUCAAUAACUCCUUAAAUGCAAUAUCAUGUUUUCAAUGGGUCAUUCUAAAAUAAAAAAUUCCACAUUUAAAUUGUUUCAAAACCAUUUCAAACCAUGAACAGUUCCAGUAUUUCAAUGUGUUUUUUUACACAAUGUUCUACAUCAAGCAACAAAUGUUCAGAAAAUAAAAAAUGGAAUGUAACGUCAAGCUGAUUUUUGAUUUUUACUGAAGUGUACAUGUCAAUCUGUGUACGAGGGAAAUAAAAACAAAGUAGACUUUCUAAUAAAUGUGAGCAACUGA